UUUAGCAGACAUUAAUGUGGUGCAUCAUGGUACGGGUCUGACUUUCCGAACGGAGGAAAGGACGAAUGUUUUGAUUAUAUUUUAGUGACCAAAAGGAGUUGAAAUUAGGCCCAUACAUUACCAUAAUGGGAAAUCAGAUAUAUGCGUAUAUUACGCACCCAGAUACUGCUCCUGAUAUUAAAAGCUCACCUACAUUUGAUCCUUUAUAUGGUUUCCCAAAUGGGAGAAAGGAAAGAGUUCUUCCAUUGUCAAGGGAAGAAAUGGAUCGUGCCAAUAUGCCACUGGAUAAGCGUGAUUAUUGUGCUGAUAUCUGGCUAGACUAUCUUACUUGCAGAGAUAAAGUUUAUCCUUUAACAGCAAAAUGUGAUCAUGAUUACCACAAGUAUUAUGAUUGUCAAUAUGACGACUUUGUGUUAAGAAUGAAAGAAUAUGAACGUGAAAAAAGAUUAAAAGAAAGAGCGAAAAGAAUAGAUGCAAAAAGGAGUAAAGAAGAAUUAGAAUAACCUAUUAAAUUAUGUAGACUCUUAUAAACAAUGUGUAAAAAUUGUAUAAAUGGAGAUCAACUUCAGACAAAGAAAGCUAUAUUAGUGUGGAUAAUUUUAUAUAUUUGACUACUCAGUGUUGCAAGUUCAGACUUAUCCGUACCAUCAUUUAUUAUCAGCUAAAAGGAAAUUUAUCAAAGGCUUUGUUGUCUUAAGUAAUUUUUGCCUUGAAGUAAAUGAUAUUGAAACUCAA